CCAGCUGCUGCAGCCGCGCCUUCACCGCCUCGGCAUCCAGCCGCCCCCUGCUCCGGCCAGGCAUGGCGACCCCGACCCAGGCCACCACAGAGGCUCCUCAGGAACCUGACCCAUUUUACUAUGACUAUGACACUGUGCAGACUGUGGGCAUGACUCUGGCUACCAUAUUGUUCCUGCUGGGCAUUCUCAUUGUUAUCAGCAAGAAGGUGAAGUGCAGGAAGGCCGACUCCAGGUCUGAGAGGUCUGGCAGCAGCGGGGAGAGUGGGGUGAGGGUGGGAGCACCCUGGGGCUCCGGGGCCCCCAUGUGAGAAGGGGCCCGUG